AUGUCAUUUUCUUCUACAUCUUCCACUGUCAGUGAAAAUCCUAACAACACUUUAGGAUAUCUUUCACCCUCCAACCAUGUUAACUCCAACUCUAAAAUCUUUUCCGUUGAAGGCAAUAUAGGAAGUGGUAAAUCAACCCUCCUUCGUUUAAUUCAAAGUUUAGUAGAAGACACCUAAGUUGUAAGAGAACCAGUCAACAAUUGGUAGGCAAUUGAUGGUAAUCCUCAAUUAAACUUACUUGAUGCAUUUUACUAAAAUCCUCACCGUUGGGGAUAUACUUUCUAAGUAUACGCAUACUUUUCACGCCUAAAAUAAUGGCAUGAAAUCCGUAGAGAAAAGCCUUUUGUUGUCUGUGAAAGAAGUGUAUUGAGUGAUAAAUUUAUAUUUGCUUUAAACGGACACAAAGCUGGUUUCUUUAACGAACUCGAAUGGGCUCUUUAUAAUGAUUAUUUUAACUUUUUAGUUGAUAAAUUCCAUGCAAACUAAAUGGAUGGUAUCAUUUACCUUCAUGUUCAACCUGAAAUUUGCUACAAGCGUCUUUAAAAGAGAGCUAGAGAUGAAGAAAAGGAUUCAAUUUCACUCGAAUACUUAAAGGAUAUUCACUAACGCCAUGAAGAUUGGUUGAUUACUUCAAAAGAAUGUUUAUAAGAAAAAAUCCCUAUCCUCGUUAUAGAUGGUAACACAGAGUUUGAAUAAGAUGGUCCUAAACAAAGGGAAAUAAUAUCACAAAUUACUCGUUUCUUACAAUAAAAUAAAUCCAAAAAUACUGUUUGA